GCAUAUUCCUAUAUUAUGUUUAUUUCUAUUCGGAAAGUCAUGCACAUAUAAAUCUUUAUAGUUUACAUAAAGACAGUGGGCAUAGACUCAAUACUUGCGUAUCAAGUGCGUUUAACAAGGUGUGUGCUAAAGAAUUCUAAUUAAGUAAUUCAUUAAUUCAUUGCGGCUGAAAAAUGUCUCAAACAGGUUUUGUAUUCAAAACAAUGCACCAAAAAAGGUGUGUCUCCGAGUAAAAUUUAAACCUUUGCCUGAAAAAUCUCAAUUUUCAUGAUGUCGUUCUACAAGACUUUCCGAUGCAUCCUAUUCAUGUUCACACUGUGCUAUUUUUGUUGGCAUGCCCAUGCUAAAGCCUUCAUAUUUGAGGCAGAGGAUUCACACGCUGUGGGGUUACUUAACAUAAAUAACCCCGAAGAAGGAGCAGUUUACCGGUCCGAGGCCAGCGGCAGAAAGGCUGUUCACUUAAUACAAGGUCAGUACCUUGAAUACACCUUCUGCGUACGAAAGGAGACCAAAGUUCAAGUCUCCAACAUCAGGUUCUCCAAUGACGGUCCGCAUGACGAAUAUGUUAUUGAGAUUGACGGAAAUGUCGUUGGAAAAUUUGAGACAGGAACACAAACCGGAAGUGGAGCUGCAUGGAAUGAUUAUCAUUCCAGUGGUCAGGUGGGAAAUCCGGUGGAUCUUGGGGCUGGUAGCCACAAGGUCAAGCUGACGACCGUCUUCUCGGAUCAGUGGGGAGCCGAGGUAGAUUUUAUCACACUAGACGUGGACGACAGGAAUUUGGACGAAAUGGGGUUUUAUUGUGACAAGUUUUGUUCCGACGAUAUAGCUUUUAAAAACGUGUCUACACAGGACAGCGUACCUAGUUCAAGAUUUGAGCAAAACAGUUUCAAGUCGUCUUGUCCUGAGGAAUCCAACGUUAGAGUUGCUGUGUUUAACGAUAUAGCAGACACUUUCCGUUUAACAGCAACAAUCCCUCAAUACAGAACAUUUUCCAAUAACCGAGUUCCGAUCUUCAGUGGAUGUAAUUUUAAUCGCCCUUCUUUGAACCUCUCCAAUAUACUUAUAGAUCCGUAUGGACAAACCAUCACCACGAAGAAAAUGAAAACCGUUUUUGCGGGAUCCCCAACCUACAUGAUCAUGACUACAACCUUUUAUCCGUCUGUACUUUCCUUCGUUAGGGGCGUGGAUGAAAAUCGAGUUGGAUCUAUUUUGACAGUAAAGUUUAGAAACGAAGGCCCCGUAUUUGACCUUGACGUUUCUUAUUUGGGGGAGUCCCGCCGUUAUAUCAGUUUCGACAGACUAAAGAUUGACCCCCAAAAUGAAACGACUUAUACGUGGACAUUCCCAGACUACUCCUGGAGUGCAGACCAAGACAACAUUCUUAGGCUUGGAUUUACGUCCUCUCAAACCAUGAAUGUAGUCAUUGAUUCCAUCAUCCUUAAAAGUCGAGAAACUGUCCACAACAAAACCGUUCUCUUUAAAGACAACAAAUACAUUAUAGAGGGAACGGACAUUGAUUUUUGGUACAUGGGAGAAAAAACCAUGACUAUCACUAGUAAGUAUACCAAAGAAGAAUUUUAUGACAUGGAUCGGAUUCAAGUCUAUGUAAAACUACCUUGGAGCAGCGGUUACUCCCAAGUAUUUUCCUUAUAUCAUGAUGGAUUGGUCAGUUUGUUGCCAAUGACUCCCCAUGGUCUGGAUUGGAUACCAUUCGGAACGAGCAUUGUCAUUGGUCCAAACAACGCCAGUGAUGCUCGACCGACCUCACCAAUCAAAAGCAUUGAAAUGGAUACGAUCAACAUGAAGUUCGAUGUUGAAUUCAUCCAUGGCGACCGUGCAUCUCUUUACAUAGAUGCGAUGCAUCCUGAAACGAUUCUCACCGUCAAAUACAACUCAGUCAUGCACGACAGAAAAAUGUACCCCCUAAUGACUCUCUCUUCCAUGUGGAUCUCUGACGGCAAUAGUCUGGUGGAUCGUAUUUCUGUGAAUAACGAUGCCGAUCGGAAUAUCAUCGGGGACUGGACCACUUUGUAUGGGUUGUCUGCAGUGCUCUACCGGAAAUGCAUAUCUAGUUAUAAUACAUUGAGCCCUGAUCUGAAAUUAGAGACAAUAGACAAGGAAAAUACAGUGCACAUCCUUUAGAAGCAUUCAGACAGUCCGAACGAAUAUUGUCACUGUAUAUCAUGAAACGAUUUAUAAUCGGACUCUGUUGCUUCAGUAUCGCUGUUUACAUUUGAACCAUGCAAUUAUUGAAAUUGCCGUGUAUAAUAACACUUAACAUGUAAAUUCAACAAAUUCACAAAGUUUCAGUUUGGUCAUACUAUACCAUGGUAAGAGCAAUAACGUUUGUAAUAAAUGCUCUGAAAUUUC